UCGGGCAUAAAAGGGGCUAGCACACUGUCAGAGCAUCAGUUCCUCAAAGCCGCCACCAAGACGCGACCACCACACAUCACUUGGCUUCGUUGUCUAAUAUAAAUAACAGCAAGAUGGCCUUCGUUUCCUCCCGUGCCCUGCCCCGCGUCCUUAACCUCCACACAACUCUCACCCUCCGCCCACACGCCCGCACGCCCACCGCCCGGACCAUCACCAGCUUCCAAGGUCUUCAGGGACAACCUCAGCCCUGGUUGAUAACGAAAGUGGAGACGCAGGAGAAAUACACACCCACCUUCAUGGACCUCCACCUUGAGUCACUCUCUGUGUGGCACACUGAGGCCGAGGCCCUCCAACAGAUAAGAAUCCUCCCUACAGACGCCGAUGACACUCUUAAAGUGAGCUUCCGGGAUCAGGUCACCGAGAUGCUGGACGAGAUGGUUGAGGAAAACUUACUGGACGUCCGCCACGGCUGGAUGCACUCCACCAAGUUCUAGUGGCUUAGUUAUCUUUCUGCAACCGUUACUUAUUACCUGCCAAUGGACAGCCUCUACGGAUGGCAACGGGGCGCUGCCGCGCCUCUAACACUGACAAAUCAUCGUUGAUAAAAUUAUUCUGGUGAAGAUUUUUUUAUGUACUUGACAAGGGAGAAAAUAAUCCGGCUUCAAAAUAUAAUCUACAUGUUAAGGCUUACUAAACCAUGCGCACUGUUGUUAACAUUACUUCUACUAUCAUUGUUGUUAAUACUAGUGUACCGUUUAGACUACUACAAAUAUUCAUAUCUUUAUUAUUACUAUUCGCACUUUGUGAACCUUUACUGAAGUGAAGCUUUAUUAGCACAUUAAUCACGAAACUUAAAAUACAUAACAAUACUGUGUACAUACACUCAUUAUGACUGAAUCACUGAUGUACUUUCAAAUAUUUUGACUGUGACUGUGUCACUGAUGUAAAUAGUUUUAUUAAAUAAAUACUAGACAAAAA